CCUACUACUCCAACAGGUCUAAAAAAAAGAGCCUUACGGACAGAGGGAAAAUACAUAUUCUUCUAGUGUCACUUCGUUAUUAUUUUGUUUAACAGUAGCACUUACGUCGUUUACAAGCUUAUAGGUUUAAUAGCCACCGAUGCUUUUCAUAACUGACCAAAGGCAAAGGAGAUGACCACCACGAGGCAAGCACGAAGAUGUUUACAGAGAUGUCAAACCAACACCGGAAACAAAAAAGGAAAUGUGGUGCCUGGAAUGCAGACAUUGUUUCACUCCGGACGAUAUUGUUUGUCGGACAUGAAACAUGGCUGCGUCCGUGAGACAACGCGAGCUUGACUCUGCCAAGUUAUCUAAAUAAAGUUUUUUUGAGUAUAUUCUUUACUAGGUAUUAUUUAUAUUGUAUGUAUCAUGGGCGUCGUAAAGCAUGUCGUGUGUGCCAUGUCAGGUGGUGUCGACAGUUCAGUCUCGGCGUUAUUGCUUAAACGUAGAGGUUACAAUGUCACAGGAGUGUUCAUGAAAAAUUGGGACUCGUUGGACGAGAAGGGGGUGUGCACAACGGAACAGGACUGCGAGGACGCAUACAAAGUGUGCAGACGGCUAGACAUACCCUUCCACCAAGUGUCAUAUGUCAAAGAAUACUGGCACGAAGUCUUUAGUAAUCUUUUGAAAGAAUACCAACGGGGAAGGACGCCAAACCCAGACAUAAUAUGCAAUAAGUACAUCAAGUUCAAACACUUCUAUCAGUAUGCCCUUGAUUCACUGGGUGCCGAUGCCAUGGCAACGGGUCACUAUGCAAGAACCUCUCUGGAGGACGAAGACGUCUUUCACCAGAGGCACGUUCCGCCUCCUCAGACACUGUUCCGAGACCGCUUUGAGAUCCGGAACCCCGUGAGACUGUUCCAGGGAGCCGAUCGCAUUAAGGACCAGACGUUCUUCCUCAGUCAGGUAUCCCAGGAUGCGUUGCGACGGACGAUCUUCCCGUUGGCAGGUCUCACCAAGGACUUUGUGAAGAAGAUGGCCGCUGAGGCUGGCUUUGACCAUGUGCUAAAGAAGAAAGAGAGCAUGGGGAUCUGUUUCAUUGGGGAGAGGAACUUUGAGGAUUUCAUCCUGCAGUACCUUGAGCCCAAGCCUGGCAAUUUCGUCUCCAUAGAAACGGGGAAGGCCAUGGGAACACACAAGGGCUGGUUCACAUUCACACUUGGCCAGAGGGCCCGGAUAGGUGGCCAGAGAGAUGCCUGGUUUGUGGUGGACAAAGACAUCACCACCAGCGACGUAUAUGUGGCACCCACCACGAACCACCCAGCACUUCUGAGAGACACGCUGCGCACCGAUCGGUUCCACUGGAUCGCCGAGGAACCGCCGGCCGAACUCGUCAGGACUAAAAUGAUGGAAUGCCGGUUCCGUUUCCAGCACCAGAUGCCACUGACUCCGUGCACGGUGACACUCAAUCAGGACGGGAGUGUGUGGGUCAUGACUGCACAGCCUCUGAGAGCACUAACACCUGGACAGUUUGCGGUGCUGUAUAAGGGCGAUGAGUGCCUGGGCAGUGGGAAGAUCAUGAGUUUGGGGCCCAGUGAGUUCACUCUGCAGCAGGGACGCCAGCGACUCGCAGCCCAGGCCCUCGUACGGAACACCGCCGCCGCCGCCGCGACACCACCGGAUACGCCCGCCAACCAGAACACCACCGCCCCGACACUAUCGGAUACGCCCGCCAACCAGAACACCACCGCCCCGACCCAAAUGGACCCGCCCCCUCAGAACAGCACCACCCAAAUGGACCCACACACACAGGACAGCACCACCCAAACGGACCCUCUUACCAGAACCAGCAGCACUCAGACCCAAACGGACCCGCUCACUAGAACCAGCAGCAGCCAAACGCAGACCAGUACACCAGGAGAGGGGGAGAGGAAGGGCACAGACUGAGAGAGAGAGAGAGAGAGAGAGAGAGAGAGAGAGUGUGUGUGUGAGUGUGUGUUUGAGAGAGAGUGAACGAGUGAAGGUGUGGGUGUGUGAGAAUAUUAAAUAUUAAAUAUUUAAGGAAUAUUAACUAUUCUAAAAAGAGAAGUAAAAGUCUGUGUGUGUGUGAGAGAGAGAGAGACAAAGAGUGAACGAGGGAAUGUGAUAGAGAGUGGGUGUGGGUGAGUGAAAGAAUAUUUAAUAUUCUUAAAAGAGAAGUGUGUCUGUGUAUGUGUGUUUGAGAGUGUGCGCGUGUGUGUGUGUGUGAGAGAGAGAGAGAGACACAGUGUAAUAUGCAAGUAAUAAAUCCAUCACUGGAAAGGAUAACUUACCUCCCGAAUCUCAGCGUUCCUUGCCGAGGGACCUCCCCCAUAACUGUGUGUUGUGUUUAACUCCAUACCCUCGCCAAGUGGACCGGGUUCCCUGAGCAGAACCGGGCCAGUCUAGAACAGUGUUGCAAACUCUGGGAAUGCAGAGAACAAGGGACCGUUGGAACACCUGGGAAUUGUCUUGCAUUGUCCUCUGCAUGUGUCUUGUUUUCCGAUGUGUAGAAUGGGCGGUGUGCUUUGGACUUACUUCUGGAAUACUUCUCAAAUCUUUUGGGUGAAUUACUGUGUGGAGACAGUGCCUUUUCAGUGUGUUAUUGCUAGUAGACGAGGAGACGUGGUGUUUUAAGAUGUGAUUUUUAGCUCCAAUGUGAAACUGUAGGGCACAUCAUGUACCUCACACUCAACGGCGAUGAGAGAUUAAACU